AUGAAUCAUGAUGAUGGCAAUAUCAGGUUGUCUCCUCCCGGCCUACCCCGGUCGUGCUCUCCCUCCUCCUCGUCUCCCUCAAUAUCCCAACAAACUUCAACAAUCUACCACAUUUACUUCAAUUCCAUCUCCGAUGUUAACUUCACCAUCACAAAGUCGCCUGAAAAACGCCGCCCCGUUUACCAUGUGCAAAACUCCUACUUCACCCCAGGGACACCAGACAUGACUCUGCAUGCUGGCCCCGACCAGUCAGGACCCAUUCUGGGCUGCUGUAAAUUUGUCCUUUUUUCGACAUGCACGAAAAUUGGCCUGGGUAUCAGUGAGGAGGAUACGAUUUGGGAGGAUCUGGCGUGGGUGAGCAAGGAUCAUUCACGGUACAGAUACGAAAUUGAUUUGGAUAUGAACAUUGGCGACGGGGAUAUAGCCGGUCCCACAUCCUUAUCAGCGGCAAGGUCCGGUGCCCACCGCCGUGCGUUCCUCUGGAAGCCAACACACAGCGUUGGCGUUGAGGAGUCUAUGCCCUCGAAAUUCAGUCCUAGCAAUUAUAAGCUAGUCGACGAAGAGACGGGGGAAGUGGUUGCGGCGUUUGCGAAUAAUAGAUUUAAGAGUUUGGAUGAAUAA